UGUUUCGCUUUAACUUAACUUUGCAGGUCUUUGCUGGGAUGUAGUUUUGAUUUCUUGUCUCCUCCCCUCUCCCCCCACCAAGGGCUUGAUGGAAUUUGAGGCGCCUAGUUGGAGAAUCCGGGAAAUCCAGCAGGUGGGAGAAGCGGUGGCUCCGUUUCCUUUUCGGGACUUUUACGUGACACCAUUUGGACCAACAAGAAGACCCUGUCUUCUAUUUAUCUAGCAUCUAUGUCCCAAAAUCAGAAGGAAGUAGGCCUGGGUCGGCUUGAAUACUUGCAAACCUUAGUCACUGAAUUUCAAGUGACAGAUAGCUCAGAUGCCAAAGAGCAAGUGUUGGCUAAUCUGGCCAAUUUUGCUUAUGAUCCCCAAAAUUAUGAAUAUCUGCGGCAGCUCAGGGUCUUGGAUCUGUUUCUGGACAUGCUCACUGAGGACAAUGAAAAUCUUGUGGAAUUCGCACUUGGAGGACUCUGUAAUCUCUGCCUGGACAAAAUCAACAAAGACUAUAUACUAGAGGCCGGUGGAGUGUCAGCUGUUGUCAACUGUCUGGCAAGUGCCAAUGAAGAGACAGUGCUGUCUGCAGUUACAACUCUGAUGUACUUGUUCACACCCCAGUCCCGCCAAGAGAUCACCACCCUCCCUGUGAUCGAGUGCAUGCUGCGCUUCUCCCUCUCAAACAACAGAAGGCUGAAAAACCUGGCCACUAUUUUCCUCGAGGAUUAUUGCAGCCCCUUUCAGGUGGAGCAGGCCAGGAGCUUAACCAGGCACUCGGCAGUCGGGAUUCCACUGCCCAAGGAUGAAUGCAGCCCAGGAGGCAGCCAGCGAGAUCCUCCCUGAAUGAGGAGCAAGAUUCUUUCCUGUCACACAUCCCAGAGGAAAAGAGAAAGAAUUCUCUAUAGGUAUUCUGUUUUAAAAAUGACUGUAAAUAAUCCUGAGAGUUUCCUUGGGAAACAUACAGUGGACUUUUAGAAUGGAUGGGUUCCUUUGUGCUUUUCAGUUCAUAUUUAUUUAUAAAUAUGAACCAGUUGCUAUAAUCCUGUUGCUAAAGGGCCUUGGUAACUAUUGUAGACUGUUUGUAGAGGAGAGCUGAAAGAAUAGAAAUACAUGGUCUUGAGAUUUAUUUUUCAGUAAGUAGCAGGGGGGAAAAGAUAAUGAAUCAAAGAGUUGUCUUACAUUUUUAGAGCUCUUUUGUUCAUUUAAUUAAUUGGCAAACAUAACAAUCAUUCCAUCCAAGGGUUUAACAUUUUAAUAACUCAGAUCAUUCAAGCACAUUUAGAAUUAAGAUAUAAUCCUAUUCCCAUAUGGAUCAUUUGACUUGAAGGGCGUGUCUCUGUUUCCAGUUGGGAUUGGUGAUCAGCAAAUACUUCCCAGAGCCUUUGAGAAAUAAAAUGUUCUUUUCUUUAUGCUUCACUUGGAACGUUUGCUCUUCAGUAUUGCCUUCCAGUCAUCAGCCCAUGAUUCAAGUCUCCUCCGUGGCGGCUGUAGCUUUAGAUGUUUGUUGUGACAGCAAGAGAA